CAAGUGCUGAUCUACAGAUAAGACUGAAUGGCUCAGGUAACAGUUUCAAUGGACGAGUGGAGAUCUUUAAUCCAAACUUCGGAUGGGGUACAGUCUGUGAUGAUUCUUGGGAUAUUACCGACGGUAAUGUUGUCUGUCUUCAGCUGGGUUUCGCUAGAGCGAAUGUGGUAAGAAAUCGAGCUUAUUAUGGUAAAGGAAGUGGUCCAAUUUUGCUUGAUGAGGUUGGAUGUAAUGGCAAGGAAUCAUACAUUUGGGAUUGUUCGCAUGGUGGAUGGAAUAAAGAAGACUGUAGCCAUUCGGAAGAUGCAGGUGUGGAAUGUUUGUGCAAGAAAGGUUACAUUUUCGACGGAUCGGGAUGUGUUGGUAUGUACCCCCCCCAUAUGUACUACCAUUUAGAAAAUAUAUGUACGACUAUCACUGCACUCUAAUGUCAUAAUUAUUAUUUAUUUAUUUCAUCAAGAUUUCUUUCCGGUGAAUCAGACGAUCCGGUUUCCCAAAAUGUUUACUUCAUGAUAUUUGGAAUAUUCUUUAUGCAACAAAUAUUCACCCAACAUAUUCAUGCAACAAAUAUUCACCCAAAUACAACUGAUUAACAUAUUUAUUAUUUUUUGCAUCAUUUCCAAUAUUGUAAAUAAAUCAGAAUUCACAUUCUCGUUUUUUCCCAACUGACAAUGUAUACAAUAUUGGACUGCCUGGGCUUAGCAAAUUAUGGGGAUAGCUUCUCUGUUCACCCACUGUGGGAGUGUUAAAAAAGGAAUGUUUAUUAUCUUGUUGUACUUUCGAAAUGGUUCUAUGACAACUUACAUGCACUUAACCUCUCUAAAUGUAAAAUUGUUUUGUUCCGAGGCAACCAAGUGAUUAAGAAAGUUCAGGAUAUUUAUAUCCGUGUUGAUCAACAA